CAACCAACAAAACAUCGCAUUUGACAGACGUCAAAUUUUUGGUGAAUGUUAUUGCGAUUAAAUUAUGUCCGAUUUGGUCGCGAAAUGCGUUCUACGCGUGGAGGUGGACGAAAAGGACGAACAGUCGGAGUCCCGCGGUGCGGAGGCUGUCUCGCAGUCGGACCAUAAGAAGGCGCGGGGCUCGCGCAAGGUGCGCGACAUCAGCGUGGAGACGUUCCCCAGUCGGCUGGAGGGCGCCAGAGAUGAUUGGGGUCUGUUGCCUUUCUGUUCGAGGGAGACCACUCCUCUCACCGAUAAGGAACCACUGGACGACAAAACGGAGAUCGGGUUCUUCAGUGGGAAUCCCUUUGUCGAAAUCACCAAGGGUAUACUUCAUUUGUACAAGGAAGAUGUAUUGACGAGUAGGUGCGACUCUCUGACCCUUUGUAUUAUUGGCGUACCAACCUCGAUGACUUGUCACGACUUGCUUUCUUUUACUGCCCCUUGUCAUGUUGAUAUUGCACACAUAAGGAUUCUCAGAGAUGGUUCACCGAAUCAGUACAUGUCACUGCUUACUUUCAGAAAUCAUGAGGCUGCAAUGGAGUUUUACGCCACCUUCAACGGCAUACCGUUCAGUAAUUUGGAACCAGAAUCGAUUUGCAGGGUAGUUUGGGUCUCAAACGUCGAAUGGGCUCACGACGAUCAACCGCCACCAGGACACACUGAACUCCCCAUUUGUCCAGUUUGUUUAGAGCGCAUGGACGAGUCGGUAGAUGGCGUGCUGACGAUACUGUGCAACCACGCCUUCCACGCCAACUGCCUGGAGCAGUGGGGCGACCUGACGUGUCCGGUGUGCCGCUGCGUCCAGAGUCCGGAACAGGCGGAGGGCUCGGAGUGUGAACAGUGCGCCAAACGCACCGACUCGCCCACCUCCCCCGACAGUCUGUGGAUCUGCCUGAUAUGCGGCCACGUAGGCUGCGGUCGCUACCAGGGUGGCCAUGCCGCCUCCCACUACAGGGAGACGGGACACUGUUACGCUUUGCAGCUGGGCUCGCACCGUGUGUGGGACUACAAGGGAGACAAUUUCGUGCACAGGUUGCUGCAGAACAAGGCGGACGGAAAGCUGGUGGCGGCGGAAGGGCCGCCGCCCACCGACAUGGAGUGUGCGCAGGAGAAGGUCGACUCGGUGCAGCUUGAGUUUACAUACUUGCUGACGUCGCAGCUCGACGAGCAGCGCAUGUAUUUUGAGGAGAAAAUAUCCAAAAUUGAGAAUGAAUUUUUGGACGACAUAAUACGGCUGAGGGAAGAGAUCAAUCGGCUGGCUGAGGACAACGACCGACUGAAACAGAAUGUGUCCACACUUACUAAAGAUAAACUAGCAUUAGAACGUAAAUUAUCUCAGCAAACUGUCAAAUUGAACACAGCAUUGCACGAGCUGCACGACGAGCGACAGCUGGGCAAAGCGUUGAGAAAAAACCAAAACGGUUGGCAAACCAAACUGACCGCAAUGGAAGAACAAUAUAACAAAUUGAAGGAGAGUAAGGAAAAAGAGGAGACUGAUUUGAAGGAACAAUUGAGGGAUCUCAUGUUUUACAUAGAAGCACAGAAUAAAAUUGAAAAGAGCGAGGUGAAGGAAGAAAUUGCAUCUGGUACGGUCACCAUCGCGGAUCCACCUCAGCAGCCCAAGAGGAAGGGGAAAAAGAAGCGUUGACUUUUAUUUAUAUUGGAAUUUAUUUUUUAUUUGCCGUUAUUACAUACUUUAGAUAAAAUGUGUUUCUUAUAUUCGUUAUAAUAUAAAUAUAUGAUAUUUCUGAUA